AUGACUGCUCCUGAAAGCUCUCAAAACCAACAAUCCCUUGCUGUACCAAAUAAUAUGACUAUUGAUUUAACACCCUCUAUUGUGAAUGCAGGAAAGAAUGUUACGCCUACUCAAGAAGAUUUUAUUGAACAAAUAAUUGCACGGAAACUAGAAAGCAUGGAGGCCAUGAUCCAACGAAUUCCAGGGGUGCCAACUCUCAUUAAAAAGAGCCUACCUAUCAGCUUUGCAGAUUCACCCUUUGUAGAUGCAAUUUCCUUAGUGGAAAUGCCAAAAAAAUUUGUGUUCCCACUGAUGAAAAUGUAUGAUGGAACGACUGAUCCCAAUGACCACAUAGCUAGCUACAAGCAGAGGAUGUUUACUGCCGCUAUACCUCACGAGUUACGUAUGGCGUGUAUGUGUAAGGGGUUUGGGUCCAGUCAGGUUGGCCCUGCCCUUCAAUGGUAUACAAACUUGCUUAAUAAUUCUAUUGCUUCAUUUGCUCAAUUGACUGAUGUUUUUGUAAAGCAGUUUGCUAGUAGCAGGAAACUGGAGAAGCUAUCAGAUGACCUCUACAGAAUUAGGCAAAGAAGGGAUGAAUCUUUAAGAGAUUAUGUAGCAAGGUUCAAUGCUAAGAAGGUGUCAAUUACGGCCUGCAACGUGGACACAGCCGUCACAGCCUUCCAAAAAGGCCUUCUGGUAGAAUCUGACCUUUAUAAAGAGCUAACUAAAUAUCCUUGCAAGACAAUGGAGGAUGUUCAUUCCAAAGCAUGGGCUCAAAUAAAAUGGGAGGAGGACAAGUCUAACAGACAAUCGAUCUCUAACUAUUGA